AAAAGAAAUUCCAAGUCCCGGGCCAUGGCCCAGCUAGCCCUGGGUGCGAGAACAAAGAGACAUUUCCAAACGAAAAAAAAAACUCAGCCUCUACGAGCUAGAUUAAGCCCGAAGCGUGGCCGGCCCAGCCCAGUCCGGCAGCUUCCUCCUCCGGGUCAAGACACGUCCACCGUCAAGUUUAGUUUAGUUGAACGGGAAAUCCCUUGGUUGAAAACUGCAUGCUAUGUUCGCGGCGGCAAGACGAGCGAGCGAGAGCAAAGCAAGAGACGCUUGCCGGGAGACCCGGAUCAAGCGCCUCACAAAAGCCCAUAAGUCCCACUCACUGACACCCCCCUCCUGCGCGCAAAAAUCACCUCCGACGAAUUAACCGGCCAGCAAAUUAAGAAGAAGAAGAUCAUCGAACAAAAGAUCCAUGGCGAGACGAGGGGAAGAAGAAGACGAGUGGGGCGAGGAAGCGGAGGAAUCCGUGGAGCGAGUGUUCGAGGGGCGGGAGGUGCCGGGGUGGAAGGAGCAGAUCACGGCGCGGGCGCUGGCGACGAGCGCGCUGCUGGGGUCCAUGUUCAGCGUCAUCGUCAUGAAGCUCAACCUCACAACGGGGAUCAUCCCGUCGCUCAACGUCUCCGCGGGGCUCCUCGGCUUCUUCCUCCUCACGUCCUGGACCCGGCUCCUGUCCCGCGCCGGCGUCCGGGGCGUCAAGCCCUUCACCCGCCAGGAGAACACCGUCGUCCAGACCUGCGUCGUCGCCUGCUCCGGCAUCGCCUUCAGCGGUGGGUUUGGGAGCUACAUAUUUGCGAUGAGCGACAGGAUCAGCGAGCAGUCGGGGGAGGUGUACGACGCGGACAGCAUCAAGAACCCCAGCCUCGGGUGGAUGAUCGGCUUCCUCGUCAUCGUCAGCUUCCUCGGCCUCUUCUCCGUCGUGCCCCUCAGGAAGAUCAUGAUCAUCGACUACAAGCUCAUCUACCCCAGCGGCACGGCCACGGCGCACCUCAUCAACAGCUUCCACACUCCUCAGGGCGCCAAGCUCGCCAAGAGACAGGUGAAGACGCUGGGGAGGUAUUUCGCGAUGAGCUUCAGCUGGGGCAUCUUCCAGUGGUUCUACAGCGCCGGCAAGGACUGCGGCUUCAAGGCCUUCCCCACCAUGGGCCUCGAGGCCUACUACCACAGGUUUUACUUUGAUUUCUCGGCGACGUACGUCGGCGUCGGCAUGAUCUGCCCGUACCUCGUCAACAUCUCCGUCCUCAUAGGAGGCAUCAUGUCUUGGGGGAUCAUGUGGCCUUACAUCGAGCACAAGAAGGGCGACUGGUACUCUGCCGACCUCAAGCCCAGCAGCCUCCGCGGCAUCGUUGGCUACCGGGUGUUCAUCUCCAUCGCGUUGAUCCUCGGAGACGGGCUAUACAACUUCCUGAAGGUGAUGACCAAGACGAUGAUCGCGCUGGCGGCGCAGGUGCGAUUCAUGCUGUCGGGGCCGUCGCUGCCGAUCAGCAACGCCGACGACCAGGACCAGACGCCGGCAGAGACGUUCGACGACCAGCGGCGCAAGGAGGUGUUCCUGAGGGAUCAGAUCCCCAACACGUUUGCACUGGGCGCCUACCUGGGGAUCGCCGUGGUCUCCAUCUUCACGGCGCCGCGCAUCUUCCACCAGCUCCGGUGGUACCACGUGGCGUGCUCCUACCUCGUGGCGCCCGUGCUCGCCUUCUGCAACGCGUACGGCUGCGGCCUCACGGACUGGUCCCUGGCCACGACAUACGGCAAGCUCGCCAUUUUCUUGGUAGGCGCUUGGGCAGGCCAGGCCAAUGGCGGCAUCAUCGCCGGGCUCGCCGCCUGCGGUGUCAUGAUCGGCAUCGUGUCCACGGCGUCAGACCUCACCCAGGAUUUCAAGACGGGCUACAUGACGCUGGCGUCGCCGAGGUCGAUGUUCGUCAGCCAGGUGAUCGGCACGGCCAUGGGCUGCGUCAUCGCGCCAUCCGUCUUCUGGCUCUUCUACAAGGCGUUCCCCGGGAUCGGCAUGCCGGGGUCCGAGUACCCGUCACCCAACGCGCUCGUGUACCGCAACAUGGCCAUCCUCGGCGUGCAAGGGAUCGGCACGCUGCCCAAGCACUGCCUCCAGCUCUGCAUCGGCUUCUUCGUCGGCGCCAUCGCCAUGAAUCUGGCCAGGGAUGUCGUUGGCCCCAGCGCCGCCCGGUUCGUGCCGCUGCCCAUGGCCAUGGCCAUCCCGUUCUACCUCGGCCCUUACUUCGGCAUCGACAUGUGCAUCGGGAGCCUGAUCCGCUUCGUGUGGGACCGUGUCGACAGCGCCAAGGCGGGGGUGUUCGCGCCGCCCGUCGCGUCGGGGCUCAUCUGCGGCGAGGGCAUCUGGACGCUGCCGCAGUCAUUGCUGGCCCUCGCCGGCGUCCACCCGCCCAUCUGCAUGAAGUUCCUCUCCCGCGCCAACAACGCCAAGGUCGACGCCAUCAUCGGCAUCCGCACUGUACAUUGAUGAAUUAUUUACGAAUGCAGUAACAACAAGGUAUACAAUUAUAGUAGUACUAUACAUUAGCUCAUCAGCUAGAGUAACUAGUAGCUAUAGGAGGAUCAGAUGCUACGUAUAUAUGCUGCUUGCAUAUAAAUAGGCACCAGGAACCCAGCAGUAAGUAGUAGCAGUACUAAGUAGGAGUACUGCUGCAUUGCUUGCUGUGCAUGGUGAACUGAAGUGAACUUGUUUUAACUGAUCUCAACUUUACCCUACA